AUGGUGAUGUCCCAGGGCACCUACACCUUCCUCACCUGCUUCGCCGGCUUCUGGCUCAUCUGGGGCCUCAUCGUGCUGCUCUGCUGCUUCUGCAGCUACCUGCGGCGCCGCCUGAAGAGCCAGCAGGAGGAGCGGCUGCGGGAGCAGAACCUGCGCGCGCUGGAGAUGGAGCCGCUGCACUACGAGGGCUACUCGGGCAGCCCCCCCGGCAUGGCCAUGGCCAUCCCCCCCCGGCUGCGCAUGGAGCCGCGCCACCCCCCCGGCCCGCCCCCCCGGCCCUGGAGCUACAGGCACGAGUCGGACCUGUCCAAGCCCCCGUGUUACGAGGAGGCGCUGCUCAUGGCUGAGCCGCCACCACCCUACAGCGAGGUGCUCAUGGACACGCGGGGGCUAUACCGCAAGAUCAACGCCCCCUUUCUGAGCCACGAGCGCCCCGAGAAACAGGAGCAGCCCCCCAGCUACAAGCCCCUCUUCCUGGACCGAGGUUACAGCGCAGCCCUGCGCCUGCCCAGCUCUGCCAGCCAGGGCCCCGCCUUCUACCUGGAGGCCGAGCGUGCCCAGCGCAUGUUCCCCAGCUGGAUGGACUCCGAGCUCAGCAGCAGGGACACGUAUGAACCUGGGGCCUGGCACCUCCCUGUCUCCAUGCCCUUGUUUGGCAGGACUACGGCAGUUUAG